AUUAACAAUAUAAAUUGUUUAUCUAGUUUCAAAAAUACAAAUGAUCAUUUUUAUCCUGGAUUCAUUGUCAAAAUAACGAUUUUCUUGAUUAUAACCAGAAUCGACAACGUCUUCACUAUCGUAAAAUUAUAGAUAUGACGUUAAAACUUUUAUUUAUGCUAAUUAUGCCUUUGGCCUAUACGGUUGUCAGCCAGUUUCUAGAGGAUCGUUUCACCUCGACUGUAUGUGCCGAUAAAGCGGGCUGUAUGCGGGGUCGUUUAAUGCGUGGUUAUAAUACACCUUUAUUUGAGGCCUUUAUGGGUAUACCGUAUGCUUUGCCGCCAUUGGGGGAAUUGAGAUUUAGUAGUCCCAAGGAGUUUCCAAAAUGGGAAAAUACUUUGAAUGCCUUUGAAGCUAAACCGGAUUGUAUACAAAAGAAUUAUUUACUGCCAACAUAUCCGGUAUCGGGUAGUGAGGAUUGUUUGUAUUUGAAUGUUUAUAGACCUUUGCAUCAUCACAGCACCCACAAAUUACCCGUUAUGAUCUAUAUACAUGGUGGCGGUUGGUUUAGUGGUACUGCCAAUCCUGUCAUAACAGGUCCUGAAUAUAUUAUGGAUACCGAGCAAGUUAUAUUGGUAACAUUUUCCUAUCGAUUAGGAGCAUUAGGUUUUCUAUCCACCGGCGAUGCAAAUAUACCCGGUAAUUUCGGCUUAAAAGAUCAACUAUUAGCCAUGAAAUGGGUACAAAAUAAUAUAGCGGCAUUUGGUGGUGAUCGGGAAAAGGUAACUUUAUUUGGCCAAAGUGUGGGUGGUGUAUCGGCUCAUAUGCAUAUGUUAAGUCCUCAGGCGGAGGGUUUAUUUCAGGGAGUAAUAGCUUUAAGUGGCACCGCUAAUGUACCGUUUGCUAUUAACGACCAACCACUGGAGCAAGCAGUACGCACCGCCGAAUUGUGUGGUAUUGAAAAUGCCACAAAUUUAAGUACAAGGGAACUGUUGCAUUCGUUAAGAGCGGUAGAUGUUGAUAUUUUAAUACGAGCAGGAGAUGGUUUAAAAUUUUGGAGUGUAGAUCAUAUAACAAACUAUCGACCGGUUAUAGAGUCUAGGGACAUUAAAGAUGCCUUUCUAACCCAACAUCCGGAGGAUAUUUUAAAGAGUGGAAACUAUCAGCCGGUGCCCUUUAUGUUGGGUACAGUACCUAAGGAGGGAGCAGUAAGAGUUGCAGCCAUUAUGGAGUCACAGCAGUUAAAAGAUUCAUUUAAUAAAGAUUUCUAUAAAAUAUUACAAAAAUUUUUGGAUUUCCCACCACAACUAGAAGGCAAAGAGUUGGAGAGUAAAAUGAAAAGAAUUAUACAAGAAUAUUUCAAAGGUGAAGAGGAGUUAAAUGAUAAUACCAGACAAGGAUUUUUAGAUCUGGUCACAGAACGUGGUUUUCAUCAUCCUUAUUAUAAUGCCAUCAAAAACUAUAUCAAUACUAUAGAUACUAAAACAUAUCCUAUAUAUUUAUAUAGUUUCAACUAUUCUGGUCCCUAUUCUUACUCUACCCUUUAUACCGGAGGUUUAACAUCUCUUGACUAUGGUGUCGUACACUGUGAUGAUCUUAUUUAUUUGUUUAGAUCUCCUCUAUUAUUUCCCGAUUUUCCCAAAAAUUCUCGUCAUGCCAAAGCCUUACAAUUAUUUGUAGGCAAUUUUGUGCAUUUUGCUAAAUAUCGAGAGCCUCGCUCAAGUCCUCCCCUUAAAAUAUGCAAUAAAUCUACAUUCCAACGUAAACCAGACACCAUUUGUGACUAUCAACUAUUUGAAAAUGGCAAUUUAGAGGGUUCUACAAAUAUUUUAAAGACUGAUAAUAAAUUUAAUGUAGAACGUAUGAAAUUUUGGGAUGAUAUCUUAAGAGAAUGAAUGUAUCGAAUUCAUCGAAUGCAUUAGUUUUAAGAGUGCGCGUGUGUGUGUGUAAUUUUUAUACCAAAAACAAGUAUUAGAUCGAAUCUUUUAAAUAGACUUAUAACAUAUAUUGUUUGUAAAUAGUUAAAAUAUUUAUGUAUAUA